AUGGAUUGUAGUAAAUUUACAGAUACUCUAAUAAAUUAUGGGAAAGCAUUUACCUUAUCAUUUCUUAAAGCAAUAAUGGUUUUAAUAAGUGGUUGUUUUGUACAAUUAUUUUUCUUUAUAACAAUGAUUUUAGUUGGAAUAUUAGUAAUAUUUUUUAUUUCUGUUGAACAUAUAGUGGUUGAAAAAGCUUGGUCCUUCGACAGAGUUGCCAACAUAGUUGUUUUAAUUUACGGUUCUAUUCUGUUAGUGAAAACAAUAUAUCUUUUCGUUUUAUUUGCAAUAGGAUAUAUGUCUUCUUUUUUUAUGAAUUUUGUUUCAUUAGUAAAUAGGUGUUUUGAAAAAGAAAGCAAUGAUACCACUAAAAAGAAGAAUAAAGGAAGUGGUGAAAAUGGAAUAGAAUUAAAAAAACAAAAACCCACUGAUGAAAAUGGAAUAGAAUUAAAAGAACGAAAAUCCACUGAUGAAAAUAUUGAAGAUUUAAAUAUAACUCUUAAUUUUGAAAGUAAUAACAAAAAAAUUACUAGCGGACAAGAAAAUAAGUUUUACAAUGUUCUUAAGUUUGUAAAGAAGAAAUUUUUCCGUAUUUGUCUUGUAGUAGUAAUUAUUAUCCUUUUGAGUUUCCUAGUUGGACUUAUUUGGUGUCUAUGUAAAGAAGGAAAACAUAAAAAAGCAAGUAAUAAGGAAGAUUAUAAAAAAGAGCAUUUUAUUGAUUUUCUCGGUAUAUCAUAUUUAACCGUUGGGUCUGUUGUAUUAAUCCUUAUGCUUAUUGUCAAAAUAGUAUUUGAUUUAAUACUUCAAAUUAAAAAAAGCAAAAAUGAGCUAAGUCUUUCAGGCUGGAAAGAUAUAGCUCUCUACGUAUUGUCAGUUCUUCCUUAUUUUCUUCCACUUCUUUCUUGUUUUUUAAAGUUAAUUAAAAAGGUGGUUUUAUGGUUUAACUUAUGUGAAGAAGGAGAUGAAUGGAAAUUUACGCCUUACAUAUUUUUUUAUGCCAUUAUUUUUUUCUUACAACUCGUCCUAUUUAUAUUAUUUAUUAUUUGUUUAGGAUUUAUGACUAAAGACGCACAUGGCAUUUCAAAUCAUAUGGCUGGGUAUUGGAUUUUAUUUGUUGUUGGUUCAAUCGUUUUUGUUGGAUUAAUUUCUUGUAUAAAAGAAUUAAGAGAAGAUUUAGAAAAUUCAAAACAAAAAAGCACAAAUACUACUAAUACUAAUAAUACAACUGGCACUCUUACAAUUAAUUUUACAGAUAAUAAUACUGAUACUAAUCAUACUAAUAAUACUAAUAAUACUAAUAAUACUAAUAAUACAACUGGCACUCUUACAAUUAAUUUUACAGAUAAUAAUACUGAUACUCUUACAAGUAAUCUAACAGGCAUUAUUACAAGUAAUACUGAUACUCUUACAGGUGCUGUUACUGUUAGUGCUUCAAGAAGUGGGACUGGUACUCUUACAGGCACUCUCACUACUUCAAAAACAAAAGAAAAAGUUGGUUUGUUUGGAUUUAAUUUCGAAUAUUCCACGUUGCUAAUAGCUAUUAUGUAUAUUGUUAUGGUUAUUUUCAUAAUAAUCUUUACCCCUAUUUUUUCCAACAAAAUAUCAAAAUAUUCAAAUAAUUCAAAAAAAAGUAUUCAAGAAUAUUCUAACUUAGAAGAAGGAAUGGAUUAUUUCUAUGAUGAGUUUGAUUAUGCCAAUAGCUAUUUUACACAUAAAGCCCCAUCUCCAUUAACCAACGAGGUUCGUAGUCAUUCUCAUUUAUGUUCUGUUGAUUCUUAUGGUAUUACUCCAAUAGAAUAUGCUUAUUUUUGUAUAAUGUCAAAAGCCAAGGCUACUGAAAAAUCAUCUUCUUCAAGUGAUUCAUCUUCUUCAAGCGGUUCAUCACGUUGUCCAAAACCAAACAUAUACAAUACAACUAAUAUUAAUCUAAGCAAGAAAGGAUGGACAGUUGAUGUACGUGUUAAAGAUUUAUUACAUUAUGCAGUAGGAACUAAAACAGUAAACGGAACACCUACUAAAGUAAUAACAUUCAGAGGGUCACAAACAACUCCUGAUUUUCUUUAUGACGUUCAACUAUUUUCAGAGUCUAUAUUUCCAAGUUUAUCCGUUGCAAUAUUUCCAUGUUUUACGAAAAAAACUCUUUUAAAGAUCAGUAACUUUUUGUCUUACUUUGGUACAAAUGCAUUACCAGGAAGUGAGUUAUAUCUUAUCAAUACUGCAAGAAAUGUUGUUGAAGAAGAACUGAAAGACACAAUAAAAUACAGUGUUGUUCUUGCUGGACAUUCACUUGGAGGUGGAAUAGCAAAUAUUCUUGGAAGUGAGUUUGGAUUAAUGAGUUUUGGAAUAUCUCCUCCUGGUACUUAUUUAGCGUCAAAAAACUUCGGAUUAAAGAAAAAAGAUGUUUCAGUACUUGCAAGAGCUGUUGUUCCUGAAAGAGAUCCGAUUGCCGCAUUAGGAGAAGAUGGUGGACUUCAAAUGUCAAUCCCUUGUUAUGAAGGGGGUUUCUCUUGUCAUAGUAUUGACACGUCUCUCUGUAUGAUUGGAAGUUUGUGUCAUGAGAAUGAAAUGGAAGAUAUUUGUUGUGAUAAAUGGCAUAAUUGGGGAACAAAUUCUUCAAGUUGGUAA